AUGGCCCGUUCAAAAUUCCCACGAGAUUCUUCAAAUGCGUCCUCACCCUCUGGGUACGACGAGACUUCGGCUCAGCUCUUCAAUCUUUCCCGCGCCCUGUCGCGUAACACCAGCGGCGCAGAAUUGAAGCUUCGCUGUACCGAGUUCGACGCCAAUGGCUCCGUUACGAUGGUGUCGGGCGAGUUCAAGAAGUCGGAACUCAUCGCCAAGUAUGGAUUACUGCCUCGAGAUCUCCGAAAGAUCGACUCUUCCGUCCUUCCCCAUAUCCUCGUCCGGCCUUCGGCCAUCCUGAUUAACCUCCUCCACCUCCGAGUCCUUAUUCAGUCGGAUAGAGUUCUGGUCUUCGACGCUUUUGGGAGCACAGACUCUUAUACCCAGUCGUUGUUUAUGUACGACCUGGAAGGGAAACUGCGACAAAAAGCGGACCCCAGAAAUGGCUCCCUCAACCUCCCCUAUGAACUGAGAGCUCUUGAAGCAGUGCUCAUAUCUGUCACUUCAGGUCUGGAAGCGGAAUUUGCCUUGGUCCGGGACCCGGUCACACAUAUCUUGACGGAGCUCGAAGAAGACAUUGACAGAGACAAACUACGGCACUUACUCAUCCAUUCCAAGAAACUUGGCACAUUCGAGCAGAAGGCACGACUGGUGCGAGACGCCAUCGAGGAUCUCCUCGAAGCGGACGAUGAUCUAUCGGCUAUGUAUCUGACUGAAAGAAAGGCCACUGGUAAACCCCGCGCCGAAAACGACCAUCAAGAAGUUGAAAUGCUCCUCGAAUCCUACCACAAGAUCUGUGACGAAAUCGUCGAGAUAUCGGGCAAUCUGAUUAGCAACAUCAGAAAUACGGAAGAAGUGGUCCGUGCAAUUUUAGAUGCAAAUCGCAACCAGCUGAUGUUGCUCGAGAUCAAAUUUAGCAUUGGCACUCUCGGUCUAGCUGGUGGUACCCUUAUCGCCGGGCUCUAUGGCAUGAACCUCAAGAACUUUGUCGAAGAGUCGGACUUGGCCUUUGGCGGAGUCAGUGUGAUAUGCUUCGGUCUGUCCUGGUUGAUCUGCAUCUACGGCAUGCGCAAAUUACGCAAGGUGCAAAAGGUGCGCAUGUGGGGCGAGGGUCUCGAUCACAGCAUGGGUUUCCGUGGCAGCAAGAUAGGGAGUCGAGGCAAUUGGCGCAACGAAGCAGUGGAGAGUCAGGCACAUACAAUUGACAGGCUCAAAGUGAGAGGGGGCUCGCAGACUGGCCGUGUGCUUUGGCCGGGCAUGGAUGGGUUGGGAAUGCAUAAACUCAACAAUGCCGAAACCGACGAUCAGCAGCGGAAUGUAGGUCUUCGCAGCAGCACCACGGACGCAAAUGCACCUGGCAUGACGAUUCACGAGGACGUCGAUAACGUCGAAGCCAAGAUGAAGGCUGACGCGAAGAGGGAGAAAGGUCUGAUGACCAAGGAACAAAUGAAGGCACAACACAAGAGGCAGUGA